AUGGGAUUAGAUGAAGAGUUAGCAGAAGAGACAGCACAAGAUAUGAAUGAGGAAGAUAUAAUAUGUGGUCCUACUCCGUUGUCUAAGCUCGAAGGCAAUGGUAUUUCAGCAUCAGAUAUUAAGAAGAUUAUUGAAGCGGGAUACAAUACAGUUGAAGCAAUUGCGUAUACGCCUAAACGAGCAAUUUUGUUGAUAAAAGGUAUAUCAGAGGCAAAAGCAGAUAAAUUGAUUUCAGAGGCAUCUAAAUUGGUUCCUAUGGGAUUUACUACAGCGACAGAAUUUCAUCAAAGAAGAUGUGAAUUAAUUUCAAUAACAACAGGAUCUAAGCAGUUAGAUACUCUUCUUGCUGGGGGUAUUGAAACAGGAUCUAUUACAGAGAUAUUUGGAGAGUUUCGGACGGGGAAAAGUCAAAUAUGUCAUACAUUGGCAGUAACAUGUCAACUUCCUAUUGACAUGGGAGGUGGCGAGGGAAAAUGUUUAUAUAUUGAUACAGAGGGAACCUUUAGACCUACACGACUUUUAGCUGUUGCUGAUCGAUAUGGUCUUAAUGGUGAAGAAGUUUUAGACAAUGUUGCUUAUGCUAGGGCGUAUAAUGCAGAUCACCAAUUGCAGCUUCUUGGACAAGCAGCUAACAUGAUGGCUGAAUCUAGGUUUUCACUUCUUAUUGUAGAUAGUGCUACAUCUUUAUAUCGUACGGAUUUUGCUGGUCGAGGAGAAUUGUCUGCUCGUCAAAUGCAUCUUGCAAAAUUUUUGAGAACACUUCAGCGUCUUGCAGAUGAGUAUGGUAUUGCUGUCGUUAUUACAAAUCAAGUUGUUGCUCAAGUGGAUGGCAAUGCUUCAAUGUUUAAUCCUGAUCCCAAAAAGCCAAUAGGAGGGAACAUUAUUGCACAUUCAUCAACAACUAGAUUAUCUUUACGAAAAGGAAGAGGAGAACAACGUAUUUGUAAGAUUUAUGAUUCUCCUUGUUUGGCCGAAGCAGACGCUGUAUUUGCAAUUACUAAUGGAGGAGUUGAUGAUCCUGUUGAUACUUAGAUCUAUUAGAGAUAAAUAUUAUUUUCACUUUUGAAUAUUUUG